AUGGAGGGGAAGGAGAAGCCCAGACCCGGUCCGGAUUACCUGAUGCAACUCAUGAACGACAAGAAGCUGAUGAGCGGUCUGCCGAACUUCUGCGGAAUCUUCCAGCACCUGGAGAGGCUCCUGGACGAAGGUCAGGUUAUCGUUCAAACUCCACGAGAGCAGCAGUUCCACCUCCAUCAUCCAUCACAUCCAUCUCACCUGCAGAUACAAGAAGCUAAAGAGGACACGGGAAUGACAUCACGGACUCAGGAAGACCAGAACCGAGGGAAGCCAAACUGGGAGCACCUGAACGAGGACCUUCAUGUCCUCAUCACGGUGGAAGACGCCCAGAACCGAGCCGACAUCAAACUCAAACGAGCUGUAGAUGAAGUCACCAAGCUGCUCGUGCCUGCUGAAUCGGUAGAAAUAAUCGCCGCUGUGUGGUGGACAGCAGCGCCCCAUGUGGUCUGCACAGCCCUAAGCAGGCUGGUUACUGAGCCAUCUAGCGUCUCGCAACAGGCUUCUCGUGUCCUCUCAGGCCCCGCCCCCAUACUGGCCCCGCCCACUGCCCUGCGUACACCCGCCCCCACAGGCCCCACUCUCGUGCCUCUGAUUCGUCAGAUCCAGACAGUGUUGCCCAAUGGAACACCGGCACUGAUGGCAGGGGUGGGGCCUGAGUCUGGCCUGAUCUACACGACGCCAUACGAUUACCCGUACGCUCUGCCGGCACCAGCGUCCAUCUUGGAGUACCCGCUGGACUCUGGGGGGGUGUUGGGUAAGCCCGCCCCCCCCUGUUCCUGUGAAUGCUCUCCCACCCCUCACCACCACACUCAUGGCCAGUGGAGCCCCGCCCCUACACUGGUCCUCCGACACGCCUCAUGA